GAGGAACGGUAGUGAAGCCUCCCAACAACUUUAACUGUCAAUCAGACUUAAUGGGGUAUUAAAAAAAUGGGGGAAAAAAGGGCCGCCCUCUCUCUCAGCUCCGCGGCUGCCCGGGGAGCGAAUGAAUAGGGCCGCGCAGACCAAGGCGUCCGAUCCACGCGCGCUCCACACCCGGGCCCUCUCCAAGUUGGAAAGGACAAAAAGAAGGCAAUAAAUGCUAAAAAGGGAGAGAAGGGGAGCUGGAUCGAGCGGCAACUCCCAGCCUCUGCUGGAACAGAGCGGGAGGGAGGGAGCCGGAGAGAGCGAGCGCGCGCGAGGGCGAGCCCUGCACGUAAAGAAACUGACACCCGGACCCCCCACUUCUCCUGCACGUUGCUGGCAAUCAGAUCGCGUUUAAGCAAUUUCCUGAGCCCAAGAAUAGCAAUGAGUCGGGAGACUUUCGCGGGCUGAAAUUGGGAGCUCCAAGCACUUUUUCCCCCCACUUUUUUUUUUUCCUGGAGACGGGGUGGGGGUGGGGGCGCUACAAUUUGGAAACAGCUUUUUUUUUUUUUUUAAACCUUGCACUUUGAAACCGCGGGACCGAGGCAGGGUGCGCGCGUGUGGUUGGUGCCUUUUUUUUUUUUUUUUUUCUUCCCCUGCCUAAACUCCUCUGUCAGUCUGUAAACAUUACCUGAGAAUUCCCCAGCCGAAACGGCUGCUGGGGCAAGAAACUUCUUGUUAGAACUUUCCACCUCCGGCUUCCCCCUUCACCUCUUUUUCCGUCCCAACCUUAGGAGACGCUUUUUCUCCCCCAGAGGAAAUUUAUCUUUUUUUUUUUUUUUUUUUUUUUCUCACCCGGUGCUUUGCAUUUGGGAAGAAGUGAUUUCAAGAGUGGCCAGGUGGGACGCCUCUCUCCUUAUUCGGUUUACUAUUUAUUGUUUGGGGUGUUUUCUUUUUAAAUUCCUGUUUUGCUCAGCCCGGGGAGUUUCGCCCCUUGCUCGGCUCCGCGGCGCGUAGGAUGGUGUGGAAACGGCUGGGCGCGCUGGUGGUGUUCCCUCUGCAGAUCAUCUAUCUGGUGGCGAAAGCAGCCGUCGGACUGGUGCUGCCCGCCAAGCUGCGGGACCUGUCGCGGGAGAACGUCCUCAUCACCGGCGGCGGGAGAGGCAUCGGGCGUCAGCUCGCCCGCGAGUUCGCGGAGCGCGGCGCCAGAAAGAUUGUUCUCUGGGGCCGGACUGAGAAAUGCCUGAAGGAGACAACGGAGGAGAUUCGGCAGAUGGGCACUGAGUGCCACUACUUCAUCUGCGAUGUGGGCAACCGGGAGGAGGUGUACCAGACCGCCAAGGCUGUCCGGGAGAAGGUGGGUGACAUCACCAUCCUGGUGAACAAUGCUGCCGUGGUCCAUGGGAAGAGCCUCAUGGACAGUGAUGACGAUGCCCUCCUCAAGUCCCAGCACAUCAACACCCUGGGCCAGUUCUGGACCACCAAGGCCUUCCUGCCACGAAUGCUGGAGCUGCAGAACGGCCACAUCGUGUGCCUCAACUCCGUGCUGGCUCUGUCUGCCAUCCCCGGCGCCAUCGACUACUGCACAUCCAAAGCGUCAGCCUUCGCCUUCAUGGAGAGCCUGACCCUGGGGCUGUUGGACUGUCCGGGCGUCAGUGCCACCACGGUGCUGCCCUUCCACACCAGCACUGAGAUGUUCCAGGGCAUGAGGGUCAGGUUUCCCAACCUCUUUCCCCCGUUGAAACCAGAGACGGUGGCCCGGAGGACAGUGGAGGCCGUGCAGCUCAACCAGGCCCUCCUCCUCCUCCCGUGGACGAUGCAUGCCCUCAUUAUCUUGAAAAGCAUACUCCCACAGGCUGCACUCGAGGAGAUCCACAAAUUCUCAGGAACCUACACCUGCAUGAACACUUUCAAAGGGCGGACAUAGAGGCAGGAUGAAGACAUGCUCGAGGAGCCACGGAGUUCAGGGGCCACAGCACCUGGGCACACACCCAAGCGCCUGUCCAUUGGCACACUUCUGCUGGGUGAGCAGGACAGCUCCUGUCCCCGGCAAAGAAGCCACCUGCCCCCAGGCCAGUCCCAGGACCUUUGCACAGGACUGAUGGGUAUAACUGACCCCCACGGGGAGGCAGGAAACCAGCCAGCAGCCACCUCGACACUUUUGUACAUUUCCAGUUCUGUAGAGUUUAUUGUUCAAUUGCUUCUCAAGUCUAACCAGUCUCAGCAGUGUGCAUAGACCAUUUCCAGGAGGGUCUGUCCCCAAAUGCUCUGCCUCCCGUUCCAAAACCCACUCAUCCUCGGCUUGUGCAAACUGGUUGAACGGCAGGAAUGAAAAAUAAAGAGAGAUGGCUUUUGUGA